UUACAAUUAACUAUCUACAUAGUUCUAAAAAAUUCUCCAGCAUAGUUUGACCGGCCAUGAAUUGGUGACAUUGAGUAGGAAACAUUUUUCAGUAAUAAUAAGCGCAUCUCUUCUGUGUCUUUGUUUAUGAUGCAGGAUUAAAAUCCAAAUAUUAUUGUCCUCCUUACGCUGGCUCAGUUUGUAUUAUUCCAGCGAGUUCGAGUUGAUUGAAGUGGAAGCCCUUGAAGAAGAACCAGUCGAGCACAGCGUCAACUUAACGAUUUACAUACCAAAAGACCAAAUACCACACACAACAAGUACAUUUCACGUAUCAUCUUCUUAGGAUUUGUCUCAUUCCGUUUAUCAACUUCCAGCGAGCUACACAUUAUUUUUCUGCAUUCAAAUUUCUAAAAAGAAAUAUAAUAAUGGAAAAAGAAAUUGUCGCGAUUGUGGGAAGUGGGCUCGUUGGUAAAUCCUGGGCAAUGCUGUUUGCAUCCGGUGGACAUGAAGUUCGACUAUUUGACAGUAUACCCGAAGUCCUGGCCGGUACUCCAAAGUUUAUUCAUGACAAAUUGCACGCCUUGGAGGCGAAGGGCCAAUUGAAGGCUCAUAAGCUGAACGCUACCGAACAGUGCAAGCUGAUUACGGCUGCUACAAGCCUUGCUGAUGCCGUAAAUGGUGCCACAUAUAUCCAAGAAUGCACCCCAGAAAACUUUGAGUGGAAAGUGAAAAUUUUUGAAUCGAUUGACAAGGCCUUAAAUGAAGUUGGGAACACGAGAGCGUACAUUGGAAGUUCCACGUCAACCAUCAUGCCGUCCAAGUUUAUUGCCAAUUACGGCAUCAAGGACCGAAUGUUGAUUGCUCAUCCUAUCAACCCUCCAUAUUUUGUAAAAUUGGUUGAAUUGGUUCCAUCCGAGUGGACGAAACCAGAUGUGACUACUCAUGUGCGUGCCCUCCUCACUUCUUUGGGGAUGAAGCCAAUCGUCAUGAAUAAAGAACUGCCCGGAUUUGCACUAAAUCGAGUCCAGUAUGCCAUAUUGAACGAGACUUGGCGUUUGGUUACGGACGGGAUUUUGAGCGUUGAGGAUGCCGAUAUCGUCAUGAAGGAAGGCCUCGCCCCCAGAUAUGUCUUUCUGGGCCCGCUGGAAACUGCUCACCUCAAUGCGGAUGGAUUCAAAGACUACUGCAAACGUUAUGGCCAAGUCAUCAAUGACGUGUCCCAAGAUAUGGGUGGAAUCCCUCUUAUGACGGAGGACAGUUGCCAAGAAAUUGACCGACAACUCCAAGACAUGGUGCCAAAUGAUAAAUUGCCAGAACGGCGCAACUGGAGGGAUGAGAAUCUGGCUGAACUUGCCACCUUCAAGGAGAAAUUGGGGUUAUAAAUUUUCAAAAAUUUUGGAACAUUGCUUACUGAAGCAUGCAUAUUUUAAGUAAUAUUAUAUCUGUUUGACAUAAACUUAACUGAAAGAAUAGAUGAUACGGGUACAGGGGACAUUCAAAAAUGCAAACAACAUCGAACAUCAACUUUUAAACAUUUACAUACAUUUCUAAUUUUACCCCUAUUUUUAAGUAUCUGAUUAGCUACAUAAUUCUGCAGUAGAUAGAUUGGAUCUUACUAACUUUAUUUAAUCAUAUUUUCAUUGAUUAUGGUUGUAUAUAGAAAGUAAACCAAAUAAAAAAAACAAGUAAAUAGUUUAAA